GGGCGCCGCAGGCCGCUAGGCGCUCUGUCGCCGCCAAAGAGCACCAGCGCAGGCGAGCGGCUGGGGUCGGCUUGGCGGCGACCAUGGACCGCUUCGUGUGGACCAGCGGCCUCCUGGAGAUCAACGAGACCCUAGUGAUCCAGCAGCGCGGGGUGCGCAUCUACGACGGCGAGGAGAAGAUAAAAUUUGAUGCUGGGACCCUCCUUCUUAGUACACAUCGACUAAUUUGGAGAGAUCAGAAAAAUCAUGAAUGCUGCAUGGCCAUUCCUCUUUCCCAAAUUGUGUUCAUUGAAGAACAGUCAGCUGGAAUUGGGAAAAGUGCCAAAAUAGUGGUUCAUCUUCACCCAGCUCCUCCUAACAAAGAGCUCGGUCCAUUCCAGAGCUGUAAGAACUCCUACAUCAAACUCUCCUUCAAAGAACAUGGCCAGAUUGAGUUUUACAGGCGUUUAUCAGAGGAAAUGACACAGAGAAGAUGGGAGAACAUGCCCGUUUCCCAGUCAUUUCAAACAAAUAGAGGACCCCAGCCAGGGAGAAUAAGGGCUGUAGGAAUUGUAGGCAUCGAAAGGAAACUGGAAGAAAAAAGAAAAGAAACUGACAAAAACAUUUCUGAGGCCUUUGAAGACCUCAGCAAGCUAAUGGUCAAGGCUAAGGAAAUGGUGGAGUUAUCAAAAUCAAUUGCUAAUAAGAUUAAAGACAAGCAAGGUGACAUCACGGAAGAUGAGACCAUCAGGUUUAAAUCCUACUUGCUGAGCAUGGGAAUAGCUAACCCGGUUACCAGGGAAACCUAUGGCUCUGGCACACAGUACCACAUGCAGCUGGCCAAACAGCUGGCUGGGAUACUGCAGGCACCUUUAGAGGAACGAGGGGGAAUAAUGUCACUUACGGAGGUGUACUGUUUAGUAAACCGAGCCCGAGGAAUGGAAUUGCUCUCACCGGAAGAUUUAGUGAACGCGUGCAAGAUGCUGGAAGCUCUGAAAUUACCUCUCAGGCUCCGAGUUUUUGACAGUGGCGUCAUGGUAAUUGAGCUUCAGUCCCACAAGGAAGAGGAAAUGGUGGCCUCAGCCUUGGAGACAGUUUCAGAAAAAGGAUCCCUGACAUCAGAAGAGUUUGCCAAGCUUGUGGGAAUGUCUGUCCUCCUGGCUAAAGAAAGGUUGCUUCUUGCAGAGAAGAUGGGCCAUCUUUGCCGAGACGACUCUGUGGAAGGCUUGCGGUUUUACCCAAAUUUAUUUAUGACACAGAGCUAAGGGUUUUGUAUUUAAAAUACUUUUUAUCCAUAUACUUGUGUCAUGUGGAGGUUGUAUGACACUGAGCAAAGACUAAACCGUGAGAAUAAAUUGAGAAUUUACUGGAACUUCACAGUAUAAAACCCUUUUAAUUUUUCCCUAAAUAUUAUUGUCCAGGAAUUUUAUUUAGGAUAAAAUAUUGGAAAAUACAGAAAAAUGAAUACAAAUGUGAAUUUGAAAUCUUGCUACAGUAAUCUAGAACCCUCAGAGUUUAACUUGAAACAUGGUGGAUUUUUAACUUAAUCUUUAAAACUAACCAUUUUUUAAAGAAAGGAAUUUAGUUCCUGGGGGGAAAAAAGAGAAGUCACAUGUUUUGACAGGGUACGUCAUUAUUUUAAUGUGACUAAAAUUCACUGAAU